UCCUACAUUUAAGGAGGCUUUCUGCUUCCCCACCGCACAUUUUCUCUGAGUUUUCGAGUUAAGAGGACAAGAUCUGAACCAUGAGUGGCCGCGGAAAGACCGGAGGCAAAGCCAGAGCCAAGGCAAAGACCCGCUCCUCCCGAGCUGGACUCCAGUUUCCAGUCGGUCGUGUUCACAGGCUGCUGCGUAAAGGAAACUAUGCGCAGCGCGUGGGAGCCGGAGCCCCCGUGUACCUGGCCGCUGUGCUGGAGUAUCUGACCGCUGAGAUCCUGGAGCUGGCUGGAAACGCCGCACGAGACAACAAGAAGACUCGUAUCAUCCCCCGUCACCUGCAGCUGGCUGUCCGCAACGACGAGGAGCUCAACAAGCUGCUGGGCGGAGUGACGAUCGCUCAGGGCGGCGUGCUGCCCAACAUCCAGGCGGUCCUGCUGCCCAAGAAGACCGAGAAGCCCGCCAAGGCCAAGUAGACCCAACACCUC